UUGUUCCCAGAGACCCUCAGAGCUCCAGGACGCCCAGUCUCUCUGCUAUCUGCAGCCCAGACACAGCAGCCCCGACACGGACACGGACCCUCGCCCUACGCCCCCCCUCCUGGAGCUCCAGCGCCUGUUUGGAUUACUAAUGGAUGGGAAGAACACAGUCCAGUUUUAAAGUGGGAAACCUGGGGGUAUUGAGAGUUUAAAACCACAAGCCUGAGAAGAGAAGAGAAGAGAAGACACCUUCAUCUUUUCUGGACUACAAACCAAUUAAAAAUCUAUUGGACGAUCUAGCAAACAUCUGCAUUUCUUCAUCAUCUAGAAACUUUCUGAAACGUUGGUAGACAUCAAGCAACCAGCUGCAAGCUUUGGUGCAUUUUAACCUUUUUUAUUCCCUGGAAUUGUCGACUUUACUCAACAAACUUCUGUCUUGAAGUCAUUUUCCAGAAUCUCUGAACUAGAGUUGCGUCCCUCUGAAAGGUACCGUCGACUUUGCUAAGCAUCAAGUUGGUCAUUUGGUUUCUGAAUAUUGUCACUUUUUGGGAACUUUCUUGGCAUUCUAAUUGAAGCUCAGCACCUAGGUCUGAAGUUCAAUAAGAAGAAUCUUAAGAGGAAUCAUCCACAUCAAAUAUUUGGAUCAUGGCCCCUACUCUUGCUUUGUGGUUGGGCCUUUUUCUGCCGCUUCUGUUGACGGACGCAAAGACCGUUCAGCAACCUGACAGUCAGAGCGACACCCUCAACAAACCCUCAUCCCUCGUCAAACUGGAACCACUCUGGAUCUCCAAGCAGCUCAAGACCGACGAGGCCCCCAACAAGAGCCUACCACUCCCAGAAAUGCUGGAUCUAGAUGUUGACCAACCCCGGCGCCUGGCCCGCGGCGCAGAGGAAGAAGAACAACAGUCCACCUUCAGCCAGUCCUUUGAGAACGACUCCGUCACGACACCGCAGGACACAGCGUUUGACAACGGGACUAAAGUAGCAGCAGGAGACCACAACGAUCACGAGGUCCACGGAAACACCUCCAGCUUGGACCCCCCAGGACUCUUCAACCCGUUCUACCCGCUGGCAGAAGGCUCGUACGCGGCCUACGCAGUUCUGUUCCUGGCCGGCCUGGUGCUGGCGCUGGGCGUGGUGGGAAACAUGGCGGUCAUGUGCAUCGUCUGGAACAACUACUACAUGAGGUCGGCUUGGAACUACCUGCUGGCCAGCAUGGCGUUCUGGGACUUCCUGGUCCUGGUGCUAUGCCUUCCUGUGGUGGUCCUCAACCAGCUGUCCAAUAGGAGGAUCCUUGGUGACAUCACCUGCCGCAUGGUGCCCUAUAUGGAGGCCGUGUCUCUGGGCCUCACCUCCUUCACUCUGUGCGCUCUGGGCAUCGCUCGUUUCCACGCUGCCACCUCCUCCUCGCAGCCCAAGGCCCGGCUGGUGGAGCGCUGCCGCUCCGUGCUGGUGCAGCUGGUUCUGGUGUGGCUCACUGCUCUGCUGCUCUCCAGCCCGGAGAUCUUCCUCUGGCAGCUCAACCAGUCCAUGUCCCCGAUAUCAGGCCUGCUGGUCGACUCCUGCUCCAUCACACCUUCCUCCCCUCUGUCCCUCUACCUGCCCGACUACCUGCACUCUCUGUUGCUCAAGUAUCACCAGGUGAGAACAUAA